UGAUUGACAUUUCAUGACUCUCAAACUCCCCAGUCUCCAUACUUUCCGUUUUUUUCCUUGCUCCGUCUCCUUUCUUUCUUCUAUUAGUCCUUCACAAGAGCUUUCAUUCAAUGGCUGCUUAUAAUCUCCACUAUACUAGCGCCUUUAGACUUCAUAAGCCAACUUUGUCAAGUUUUUCUUACCGGCAGCCUAUAUUAUGCCAUGCGCCAAGGAAAAUGACGACGUCCCAAGAUCAAUCUUCCUAUCGUGCCUCUAUAACGGCGGACAUAGAGGCCCAUCUCAAGCAAGCCAUCCCUCUCAAGUCUCCUCUAUCUGUCUAUGCGCCCAUGCACCACAUGACGUUUUCCGCGCCGCCGAAUCCAGCGCCUGCCUUGUGUGUGGCGGCGUGUGAGCUUGUUGGCGGCGACCGGAGCAAGGCCAUGGCGGCAGCAUCCGCCUUGCACCUCAUGCAUGCAGCCAGCUUCACUCAUGAGCACCUCCCCUUGACGGACAGGCCCAAGCCCAAGCCCAAGCCCAAGCCCACGGUGGACCAUCCUUUCAACCCAAACAUUGAGCUUCUUAUUCCGGAUGCAAUGGUCCCUUUUGCGUAUGAGCUCUCGGCCGUGUCGGAUGAUCCGACCCAAGAUACUUCGGGUCGGGUCUUAAGGGUUAUUGUGGAGCUCGCACGUGUCAUGGGCUCACAAGGGAUUGUUGACGCCCAAUACCGAGAAGUGCUAGUCAGCCCAUUGGACGGUAGGGAGUUAAACGACAUCGAAUGGGUUGAUGACAUGUGUCGGAGAAAGGAAGGCCGGCUACACGCGUGUGCCGCGGCUUGUGGGGCCAUCUUAGGAGGGGCAAAUGAGGAAGAGGUAGAAAGGUUGAGAAAAUAUGGUCUUUAUGUGGGAAUUAUGCAAGGAUACACAAAUAGGCUUGGAAGGAGAGUGAAGGAAUUAGAGAGAGUGGUGGAGCUAAGAAAUUUGGCAAUGAAGGAAUUAGAUCAUUUCAAGGGAAGGAAGGUGGAGGAAAUCUCUAGCUUUAUUGUUGGUCUAUAGGGUACACUAUUAUUAUUAUUAUUAUUAUUAUUAUUAUUAUUAUUAUUGUUAGUGAAGGAGAUGGGACAGGGCAUGAUCAUGUGAGUGCUGUUUGUGUCGUGCACCGACAUUAAAUAUAUAUUGCCAAAUUUGCACGUA